AUGUCAUUUGACGGCCUCCCUCGCCCUGUUUUGAGCUUUGCGUCGGCUGCAAAGCUCGUCUAUGUGUUCAAAAGCUCACCCCGUCUUCAUAAUGGUCACAACACAACUCAGGAGCUAAGCGGUGAUGGGCCUGAUGACGAUUGCGCUCCACAAAUUGCAAGGACUGCAAGCAGUCAGAGCUUUUUUUUGCUCAGACGAUCUGCAAGCUCGCCGUUUGGCGAGAUGAUGCCCCUUGCAAGACUGCUGGAGAAGCCUCCUAGGCCAUACCAUCUUAACCCUGAAAUUCACAUCACUGUGCCGUGCUUUUUGCAUGAAGUACAGUCACUUUACUUCACGCCGGACUCGGGAUCAUACUAUUGUCGUGCAAACGGCAUCAAAUCAUUCAGUCUUGUCACGUCAGAGAUAUUGAAGACAUCUGCAACCGACCAUCCUUCCCCAUCUCGUUAUCUGCUAGCACGAACCUGGGAUCCACGACUGUCUUAUGGAUCUUCGCAUAUAAACCGCGCCAGCAUGUCGCUGCUUCGCCAACGACUCAAGAACCCGUUCUUUGCAACGCUGCUGGAACGUUGCGACGAUGACCGGUUCAAAAGAAUAUCUACAAAAGAACGUAUCGUCGCGGAGCUUGAGCUGUUUCCCCCACAAACCUACGGAGUGCGGUCGAUUGAUCUUAAAUGA